CAGGGAGCCGCGAGAGAUUCCAGCAGGCAGGACUGGGGGAGCCGUGCGGGCAGCAGAGACUGCAGGACCGGCGACAUCCCCAGCAGCAGCCAGCCAGCAUCUAAGAGCACAACAAACCACACUCACACUUCCCAUAACACACAGUGUUCCCUGCCACAGCCCCGGGCCGGGGACAGAGAAGCUGCCGUCCCCCAGUGUGCGUAGUGCAGAGACAGCUUCUUUUCUAGGGAUCCCCGAGGAGCGUAUGGCAGCGGCCAAAACAGAGAUGCUCAUCUCACCUCUGCAGAUCUCUGACCCCUUCAGCUCCUUCCCCCACUCCCCCACCAUGGAUAACUACCCCAAACUGGAAGAGAUGAUGCUGCUCAAUUCAGGGGGAUCCCAGUUCUUGGGCGCUACAGUCCCCGAGGGCAGCGGAUUCAACUCCCCUGGGGAGGGAGCAGAGAAUUUCGAUCACCUAGCAGCAGAUGCUUUCUCAGAGAUGUCCCUGAGCAGCGACAAAUCAGUGAUUGAAACCAGCUAUGCCAACCAGAUCAACAGACUGCCCUCCCUGACCUACACUGGCCGCUUCUCGCUGGAGCCUGCCCCCAACAGCAGCAAUACGCUGUGGCCAGAGCCUCUCUUCAGCCUGGUCAGUGGACUGGUGGGGAUGGCAAACUCACCCUCUGCUUCCACACCUUCAUCUUCACCGUCAUCUUCCUCUCAAUCUUCCUCCCAGAGUCCACCUCUAAGCUGCUCUGUUCAAUCAAGUGACAGCAGCCCCAUCUAUUCUGCUGCACCAACAUUUCCCAACUCCAGCACAGAGAUCUUCCCUGACCAGUCACCUCAAUCUUUCCAAAAUACUUCUAGUUCUUCAAUCCAGUACCUGCCCCCUGCAUACCCUGUCACCAAGUCCAGUUUCCAGGUACCAAUGAUCCCAGACUACCUGUUCUCACAGCAACAGGGAGAUAUCAGCCUGGUGUCUCCAGAUCAGAAACCCUUCCAGACUAUGGAAACUAGAACACAUCAGCCCUCCCUCACACCCCUGUCUACCAUCAAGGCCUUUGCUACACAGACUGUUUCACAAGACCUCAAGACUAUCAACAACAGUACUUAUCAAUCUCAGCUCAUCAAGCCAAGCAGAAUGAGGAAGUACCCCAACCGUCCCAGCAAGACCCCUCCUCAUGAGAGACCUUAUGCCUGCCCUGUUGAGUCCUGCGACAGGAGGUUCUCCAGAUCAGAUGAAUUAACAAGGCACAUCCGAAUUCAUACUGGGCAGAAGCCCUUCCAGUGCCGUAUCUGCAUGAGGAAUUUCAGCCGAAGUGACCACUUAACAACUCAUAUACGCACACAUACAGGGGAGAAGCCAUUUGCCUGUGACAUUUGUGGUAGGAAGUUUGCAAGAAGUGAUGAGAGAAAAAGGCACACUAAAAUUCACUUAAGGCAAAAGGACAAAAAAACUGAUAAAGCAACUCCAGUCUCAGUUGCUUCUCCCAUUUCAGCCUACUCUCCAUCAGCUUCAACGUCUUACCCAUCUCCGGUGCCAACAUCUUAUUCCUCUCCUGUGUCAACAUCUUAUUCCUCUCCUGUGUCAACAUCUUAUUCCUCUCCUGUGUCAACAUCUUAUUCCUCUCCUGUGUCAACAUCUUAUUCCUCUCCUGUGUCGUCAUCUUAUCCUUCACCAGUCCACAGUUCUUUCCCAUCUCCUUCUACAGCCGCUACAUACCCCUCUGUUACUGCCACCUUCCAGGCCCAAGGUAUUACUAGCUUCUCAUCUUCAAUAGUCACCAGCUCCUACAGUUCACCUGUGUCCUCAGCACUUUCUGAUAUGUCUGUGACAUAUUCUCCCAGGACAAUUGAGAUCUGUUGAGAAUUUGGUUCUGUGCAAAAUAGGAAUAGGCACAAACUGGACUUCCUAAGCUUGGUCUCAAAGUGGGAGGUUAUUGGUGACCGAUUCAUGAGCAAAAGAAAGGUCAUUAUAAACUGAUAAGCUUCAAAUGCCUAAGAAACUGCCAUUUUAAUUUCCCAUUUGUUUUCAAAAGACUUGAUUUGCAUGAAUAAUUGAAAUAAUUUCAACAUGAUCCUUUUAAAGAUCAACUUUUAUUUGCAUAAAGGGAUUUUUACUAUAUACAUAAUGUAUAUUGUACACGUGCAAAGUUUUUGUUUACGGUUUUUUUAUGCUUUGUUUUUUUUUGGUACUCUUGAUGUGAAUUUUCCCCUUUGCAUAUUCACGUGGUAUUAUUUGAAAUUAAUAGGGACGCCGUUUGUAAAUGGUAUCUAGUGAUAAUGCUACCAUGACUAUUCAGUUUAUUUGAGGAUCAGCACUUAUGUAUUCGAGCAUGUGUAAGAGUAUUGUUUUGUUUAUCCUUUUUAUGUUAUUUUGUUUUAUUUCUGUAAAUAUCAUCAGAUGGUACUUUCACAUAUGUCAAAAAGUUUUGUUAUCUAGUUUCCAGUAACUUGGUGCCUUUUUGUGAAGCCUUGCUGAUGUCUUGACACGUGCAUUUGCGUGUACUGAUGCAUUGCAUCUAGCCUUAAGGUGAAAGGGAUUUCUUAAAAGAAUGUAUAAACAACCUGAAAAAGGUACAGAGAGGGAACUGAAGCACAGCUUCAUUAACAAAGAAUGUAAGCAAAAACACAAAAGUCUAUUUUUGUAAUUGAAAUGUAAAUUUAUAAAUAUAUAUUCAAGAGAUGGAAUGUUGUAGUUACCUACUAAGUAGGCAUGGAUUUUGUAUGUUAUAAACAUGCAGUUCAUUAUUUUGUGGUCUUUAUUUUUACUUUAUAUUUGUGUUUGUUUAAACAAAGUGACUGUUUGGCUUAAAACACAUUGAAUGCGCUUUACUGCCAAUGGGAUAUUUGGUGUACAACAUAUCCUUCAGAAAAAAAUAAAAUAUCUAAAAUAUUUUA